AUGGCUUAUUACUCUAAUGCCCAAAUAGUCCAAAAACAUUUGAUUGAUGAAUUUCUAGGAUCUUUGUCCAGUCAGCUGGAGAUUUUGUUUACUACUCAAGGAGAAAGCUUUAUUACAGCCGCAACAAAGUGUACUUACAGAUGUAAGGACAUUCGUCAAUGUAUCGGGUUCGAGAUCUGUAAAAUUAGGGAGGAUCUUUACCAAUGCAGAGCAUGCUGUGCCUGGAAGAAACUCGGACAAGAAAGGACUAACAAUAAUUUGAACACAUGCAGGUAUCUCAGAAUGGUAGAGAAGGAAAAUAUUGAUAAAAUUAAUGUUGCAGUAAAUAAGCCAGCAAGUAUCAUAUCGUUGUAUGACCCCAGAUAUCAUCACGCAUCAAACGCUGUGGACAACGUCACUGUUUGUGAGAACGGACUGUCUACUGCUCACACAAAAAAAGAAAUCAAUCCGUGGAUCAAGAUAGACUUGCAGAACACCUUUGAUGUUGUUGAAGUUCUAGUCUACAACAGGCAAGAUUCAUUUGUUCAGAUAUUCAAUAAACCAGUUGGAGGCGCUUGGAACUUUAAAAUGAAUGUUGUUGGUCUUUUGUAUGAAACCUUCAAAACAGGGGCGUUGUCAGCUAUAGAGCCCUCGCUGCUCAAUGGUUCCGAGUUCCUAGUAAAGGUCUAA